AUGCCGGGGCCCCAAAUGUCAGUAGGACCCCGCGAGUGCCCCCCACAGAUUGACCAGGAUGGGCUCACCCUGCCAGAGAGGACCCUGUACUUAGCUCAGGAUGAGGAGAGUGAGAAGAUCCUGGCAGCAUACCGGGUGUUCAUGGAGCGCCUGCUCAGCCUACUGGGUGCGGAUGCUGUGGAGCAGAAGGCCCAGGAGAUCCUGCAGCUGGAGCAGCGGCUGGCCAACAUCACAGUGUCAGAGUAUGAUGACCUCCGUCGAGACCUCAGCUCCAUGUACAACAAGGUGACGCUGGGACAGCUGCAGAAGAUCACCCCCCACCUGCAGUGGAAGUGGCUGCUGGACCAGAUCUUCCAGGAAGACUUCUCAGAAGAUGAGGAAGUGGUGCUGCUGGCCACAGACUACAUGCAGCAGGUGUCCCAGCUCAUCCGCUCCACCCCCCGAAGGAUCCUGCACAACUACCUGGUGUGGCGUGUGGUGGUGGUCCUGAGUGAGCAUCUGUCACCGCCGUUUCGAGAGGCUCUGCAUGAGCUGGCCCGCGAGAUGGAGGGGAGCGAGAAGCCCCAGGAGCUGGCCCGUGUCUGCCUGGGCCAGGCCAACCGCCACUUUGGCAUGGCUCUUGGUGCCCUCUUUGUACAUGAGCACUUCUCAGCUGCCAGCAAAGCCAAGGUGCAGCAGCUGGUGGAAGACAUCAAGUACAUCUUGGGCCAGCGCCUGGAGGAGCUGGACUGGAUGGAUGCUGAGACCAAGGCGGCCGCUCGGGCCAAGCUCCAGUACAUGAUGGUGAUGGUGGGCUACCCAGACUUCCUGCUCAAGCCCGAGGCCGUGGACAGGGAGUAUGAGUUCGAGGUCCAUGAGAAGACCUACUUCAAGAACAUCUUAAACAGCAUCCGCUUUAGCAUCCAGCUCUCAGUCAAGAAGAUCCGGCAGGAGGUGGACAAGUCCAUGUGGUUGCUUCCUCCGCAGGCGCUCAAUGCCUACUAUCUACCCAACAAGAACCAGAUGGUGUUUCCUGCUGGUAUCCUGCAGCCGACCCUGUAUGACCCGGACUUCCCACAGUCUCUGAACUACGGGGGCAUUGGCACCAUCAUCGGACACGAGCUGACCCACGGCUACGACGACUGGGGGGGCCAGUACGACCGCUUGGGCAACCUGCUGCACUGGUGGACAGAGGCCUCCUACAGCCGCUUCCUGCACAAGGCCAAGUGCAUCGUUCACCUUUAUGACAACUUCACUGUCUACAACCAGCGGGUGAAUGGGAAGCACACACUCGGCGAGAACAUCGCAGACAUGGGCGGCCUCAAGCUGGCCUACUAUGCCUAUCAGAAGUGGGUGCGGGAGCACGGCCCAGAGCACCCACUACACCGGCUCAAGUACACACACAACCAGCUCUUCUUCAUUGCCUUUGCCCAGAACUGGUGCAUCAAACGGCGUUCCCAGUCCAUCUACCUGCAGGUGCUGACUGACAAGCACGCACCUGAGCACUACAGGGUGCUGGGCAGCGUGUCCCAGUUCGAGGAGUUUGGCCGGGCCUUCCAUUGCCCCAAAGACUCGCCCAUGAACCCUGCUCACAAGUGCUCUGUGUGGUGAGCUGGCUGCUCCCCACCCACCCGCACGCCCCUGCCUCCUGCACGAAUUGCCUCCUGCCGGCUGCUGGACCCGGCACUGGCCCCUAUCUGGGUGCCACCUGCCUUCCCAGCCCCUCCAGGAUCUGCCCUCCUACUGUCCCUUAUUUCAGGGAUGACCCAGAACAGGGAUGAAGUUGGGCUUCAGGAAGGCUAGAGGAGAGAUGCUGGGGUCCCCAGACUUGACUGUAGGCAGCCAGAGCCUGUGGCUGGGCUGGACUGUCCAGGCCCCACUUUGCUGUGUUCUUGCUGCUAUGUCUGGUUAAUAAAGCUGCUGCACUGU